GGGCGCAGUCGAUCUUGCCAGCACCAGCACGCGACCAACUCUUCACCCUCGACCUUCGCUUUCCCUGACUGUCUGCACCUCUUUUCCAUCAUUUCCUUAUCCUCAGUCCCAGCCUUUGCUUUCCGUGCUGCCGGUCUACAACCACUGCUGUCAGAACCGUAGUAGUCUAGACCAUUCUUCCGUUUUCAGCAUUCCUUUACUAGCAUUCUCGCCGUUUGCAGCCCGCAGCUUAAAUACAGCUUCAACAUGGAUUUUCCAUUCGAGAACUCUCAGAACGCCGCUCCAGGAUUCCCGACCAUGGCUGAACAGCAGAAACUCGGCGUCUUAGCCCGGAAAGCCGACACCCAGAGUGUCACAAAACGGCUCCAAUCUGAGCUCAUGAGCCUCAUGAUGUCUCCUACGCCGGGCAUCUCUGCCUUCCCUGACACCGAUGGCAACAUGUUACACUGGACAGCCACCUUGGUCGGGCCCCGAGACACAGCCUAUGCCGAUCUCACCUUCAAACUCAGCUUCGAAUUUCCCAGCAACUAUCCAUACAGUGCCCCCACGGUCCUUUUCAAAACUCCAGUCUAUCAUCCAAACAUCGACUUCAGCGGACGGAUAUGCCUCGACAUUUUAAAGGACAAGUGGAGUGCUGUCUACAACGUCCAAACUGUGCUGUUAAGUCUACAGAGCCUGCUGGAAGAGCCGAACAAUUCUAGUCCGUUAAAUAAUGAAGCGGCCCAACUUCACCAGAGCGACCCCGAGGAGUUCCAGCGCAAGGUGUUGGCUCGUCAUCAGGAUCUCGAGGACUAGACAUGGAGUCAACGGGAAUGAGCACGACCUUGGCCAUUGCUUUGGAGUUCGCCAUGACUGAACAUGAUGGUUACGCGCAUACCCUUGCAUUGGUUCUUGAGCGUUGGGCGUUGGUGCGAAGUCAUUCUAUUUUGAGUUGGGGCGAUAGAGCAGGGUUGGGGUACAUACAACAAGGCAGUGAUGGGGCAGGCUCAAGCAAGCGAUGGACGUCCUGGUGCUGGUCUAGAGAGUCAUCCCGGUGAAGUUUUGUAUCCACACGUACCGAGCGCAAAAUAUACAGCAUGGCAUCCUUUUUUGGGUUUCCUAACGAGUCCUCGAUCUUCCGAUGCUGUCGAGUAUAGCAAGAAAGAUUCUGCCUUUGCCACGCUUUUCCAAAAA